AUGAGCCAGAGUACUAGCCAAGAGAUGAAAUAUGAGGCUGUGAGCGGAGGUACUAGCCAAGCUAAAGUGUUAGUCAAGAACCGAAGUGCUAGCCAAGCUAAAGUGUUAGUCAAGAACCGAAGUACUAGCCAAGAGCAAAAGUACAAGCCAAGAGCCAAAGUACUAGCCAAGAGCAAAAGUACUACCCAUGAGCCUGAAGUACAUGCCAAGAGCCUGAGUGCUAGCCAAGGGGCAGAGUACUAUCCAAGAGCCAAAGUUGUAGCCAAGGGCCAGAGUACUAGCCAAGGGCCAGAGUACUAG